CUCCCCGACCCCGCCAUCACAGCCACCGCCACCGUCAGCGCCGAGGAGAAGCCGGCACCGGCUCCGCCUGCUCGGGAAGACCGUGGGGCUCCCAGGCCGCAUCGAGAAAGUGUGCCCGAGGAGCCCCGGCCCGAGCCCGCCGCGCCCCUCUCGUCUCCUGCAACCGUCGAGGCUGCUGGGAGCCGGGCUUCCUCGCUUGCUCUGCAGUCUGGUCCCGCUUCCCCCAGAGACCCGCCGGAGCUGGUGACCCCGGGCUCUCUGCGUUAUUCGACCCUGCAGCAGCAGCAGCAGCGCACUCGGGAGUGGGUGGCCAGACACCCCCAGACACCGGAGGCCCGGGACCAGGGCCCCAUCCGAGCCUGGUCGGUGCUGCCAGACAACUUCCCCCAGCUACCCUCAGAGCCAGGCUGGUGGGUGCUGGAACCUAACUCAGCACCAUCUGACCCUCCUCUUUCCUCUCAUUCUCGCUUUCCCGCUGUUCCGGAAUCCUGGCCUGGGAAUUCGCCACUGGCAGUCUUUCGUAGCAUUCGUUGUCAGCUGUCCCUACAGGAUCUGGAUGACUUUGUGGACCAGGAGAGCCACGGCAGUGAGGAGAGCAGCAGUGGACCCAAAGAGUCCCCUGGGGGCUCUGAAGAAGGGCUGCACGUUGCUCUUGGAGCCUCAGAUUGGAGAAGGCUCAGGAAUCCAGCUGGAGACCCUUUUCCAAAGGAGGGCAGUUCCAGCAGGGACCCUCAGGGCCUCAGAAACAGAGGGGAUGGUCACAGCUCUCAGCCCGUCCCAACAGGAGCUGGUGGCCUUGCAGGCCACCCCCAGCCUUUGCCCUGGCCAGCGCCCAAAUUAAGGAGAUCCCUGAGGAGGAGCUCUAGGGCAGGGAGGGCCGAAGCGUCCUCCUCAGAUGAGGAGUGCCUUGAGGAAGAUUUGCUGAAAAGGAACCGACGCCCACCCCGGUCCAGGAAACCCUCCAAGGCAGGAACAGUGUCCAACCCAUGGGUGGAUGCCGCUUUGACACCAAAACCUGCAGACAUUAAGGCUGCUUUUGACGAGCGUGGGUGUCCACAUAACCCAUGGGCCCCUGGAGGGGAGAGGCCUGCAGCCUUGGUCCCCCACAGAUCUUCUGAUCACAAGUCAUCCCUGGUUCCCCUAGAUGCCAGGGAGCAUGAAUGGAUUGUGAAGCUUGCCAGUGGCUCUUGGAUUCAGGUGUUGACUUUGUUCUGGGAGGAUCCCCAGCUGGCUUUGCACAAAGACUUUUUGACUGGGUACACUGCCUUGCACUGGAUAGCCAAACAUGGUGACCUGAGGGCCCUUCAGGACUUGGUGUCGGGUGCACAGAAGGCAGGGAUCGCUCUUGAUGUAAAUGUGAAGUCCAGUUGUGGGUAUACCCCACUCCACCUUGCAGCCAUUCAUGGCCACCAGGGCAUCAUCAAAUUGCUAGUGCAAAGGCUGGCGUCUCGUGUGAAUAUCCGGGACAGCAGUGGGAAGAAGCCGUGGCAGUAUCUGACCAGUAAUACCUCUGGGGAAAUAUGGCAGCUCCUGGAAGCCCCACGGGGCAAGCCCAUUUUCCCUGCCUAUCCUUUGGUUCGAAACUCUUCCCCCAUCAGGAAGGCCAGGAACAGGGAUGUAUCUAGACAUGUCACCCGAAAGACUUCCCUUGCUGCACUACUCAAAAGUCAGCACAACAAAUGGAAGUUGGCCAACCAGUAUGAGAAAUUCUCCUCUCCAAGGGAGAGAGAAGAGUACAGUGACUGAGUGGGCCCCUCUCUCCAAUAUGCUACCACCACCGCCCAUCCUUGAGCUAGUCAGUGAGAGCAUUCAGUGGGGAAUGGAAAACUUGGCAAGGAGUUGGUCAAGAGAGAGGUCAAGUGAGAUGGCCUACCUAGUGUUUACCUCCCUAGAUUGUGUCACACAUUCAGGACCUCAGCGGUCUUCCAAGCUUUCUGACGGCUCAAGUCCUUGGGCCAGUGAAACCUAAACAAGGAGCAGAGGCAGGUGCUUAAAACCCAGGUGUCCUUCCUCUUCCCUAGCCACCAGAGAACCGGGCACAGCAGGCCACGCUGUUCUCCCAAGCAGCGAUCCCAGGCCUUGGCUAGAGAGGGAACAGGUGUCUAACAAGAAGAGAGACAAUUCAAGGAAUUGAUGAACCUCAAACAAAAUCCUCUCUCUGGCUAGGAGCUCUCUGGCUCCCAUUCAUUUGGAGAAUAAAUCUUGGCUUAGAGUGAAAAGCACCAGGUUGGAAAUCAGAUGGCUUCUCUUCUUUUCCUUUUAUUUUGGCAUUCAUAUCUGAAAUAAAAUUGUUGCUGGAGAGUAGAGCUUGAUUUAAGAGAUUCCUCAGCCCUGUCCUCAGGUCUUUCUUUGAAUGCAACCUAUGGUGGCCAAUGCCAGAAAUGGUUAGUGCAUCGUUUCAGAGAAGCAUUUGGGUAAGAUCCAGUUAUGACUGACAUUCAGGCCCUACAUAAAAAAAAAAUCAACCUGAGGGGAACUUUCCAAAUGUAAAAACUGCGUGUCUCAUUUGCAGAAUGACUGAAACAUCUUUCAUGGAAACUCCCUGUGUAACAAAGAGCAGAAUUAGCAUUAGCAGUUUUCACUAAGUUUGAAUGGCCCACGUUCAUACUCUUGAAAAGAGAGAGAUGGUUUGUUCCGGGGGAAGCAGUAAGGGUUAAGAAGUGAAUGCCUCCCCACCAGGAAUCUUCUAAGCUGCUAAAUAUAAUUUUAUUUGCACUAAACUUGUUGCCAAUUAAGAUUAAAUACUAGCCUUGAAUUGCUGUAUCUCUAGCAGGAAGUUGGUCCUUCUAAUUGCUUAUGAUGGGACUGAUCUUUGUGAGUCCAUGGAAUGAGAGAAUGAAUGGCUAGUUUAUAAACUACAGUAGAACAUCAAGAUUUCAGAAUGUAAAUUCAAAGAGGGCUGAAAAAUUAAGUGUCCAAGUGGAAGUAGUUAAUUAUUUAUGGAAAUGUGCUGUGGCAAAGAUGCUGUAUUUUAAAACUAUUUUUGUGUUCCUUUUGGCUAUUUUCCCCCAUUAAAAUAUCAACAUAUCUUUGUAACUUACUGUACUUAUGCUGAUUACUGUUAACUUUCUUCUUUACAAAUUUGUGUCUCAGUGAGUGGCAAAUAUUUUUGUUUCUUUGGAGUUUUACGUAAUUUUGCUGUUGUAAAUAUAUCCCUGCUCUAUUAGAAAACAACAAAAAAUAGGCAUAAUAAAUCAAACUGUGGGUUGUUUUUCUC